GGUUGUAAAAGAUAAAUGAUGGAGGCCUAUAAAAGGAGGGCCUAGCGACGUAUUCGUUACAAUUGUGGAAAACUUAUUUGAGUAAGGCAAAGCUUAAAGAAACCAAGUUCAAUAUGGCUAGCAUGAAGCAAGGACAACCCAUUGUGCAAUACGGGCCUUAUGGCUCUCAGGUGCCACAAAAUUACAGUUGGAAAGUUUCUGAUAGUGAACGUAUCAGUGCAGUGACUGUCAAUCAUGGAUACGUCGUAGAUGCAAUCGGAUUCGAGUUGACUAAACCAGAUGGAAGUAAGUACAAUGUACGAUUUGGUAAAAACACCCCAAAUCCAGCUAACAUCCCGAUGAAGAGUGGUGAGUACCCAACAGGAUUUACUGGACAAUAUGGGUACGAUAGAGAUCGUAAUCAAGUUGGGAUUGUAAAAAUAAAGGUACACACCAAUUUGAACCCUCAGGGAUAUGGACCUUAUGGACUUGCUGAGAAUGUUGAUAAUAUAGUACCUUUUCAAUCACCACUUCAAUAUGGUUGGCCUCUCGUCGGUGUUUUUGGAGCUUAUGACGAAACUCUCGAGUCCAUUGGAGUUUUCCUUAGGGAGGUAAGAAUGGAUCGGAGAAUAUGUUUUUUUAGUUCUGAGGUUUAAUUUUUUAUCGGUCUGAGGGACUCUUGAACUGUACUCUUCUUUAUGGAUAUGAGUUGUUGUCUUCCUUCCCUCCUCAGAACCUGAUCAUAGUUCUUAUGAGCGGAAUACACUGGAUAUGAUAAUGAUAAAGUUGAUCUCAUUUCUUUUAUUAUUAUUAUUAUUAUUAUUAUUAUUAUUAUUAUUGUUUUUAUACUUUUUCUAUUACAUUAAUAAGACUGCAUGCAUCAUUAAUUUACAAAAUUUAUCCAAUGAAAUUAAGCUAGCAUAUUACUAGAGAAAAAUGCAAUGAAAAAAGAAAGAUAUAUUUUCUUUGUUAUUAUUUGAUAUUCUAACCAUCCAUGUUUUUGUUGAUUUUCAUGUUAAAUUCAGGAAUUCUCUUAAUUCUGCUCUCAAUGAACUGUUUUGGCUACCACAUCAGCCAUAGCUUUUUUUUUUUUUUUUAAUAA